UUUUUUUCCCUUACGUAUUUUGCUAGAGCGGCCUCUUAAGUGAAAGUGGAAAAAAAUAGAAAAAGAAAUUCCGUUGUUUCAGCAACACGAAAAGAACAGAGAGAUGGAUCCACAGCUAACCGAAGUUUCGCAGCUAUUCCAGCGAUUCAAUGCUGCGUUUAUCAGAAAAGAUUACGAUUCCUGCGCCAAUCUCCUUUCUCAGCUCAAGGUGUUACUGACAAAGUUCAGGAGCCUUCCUCCAUUAUUCGAAAAUACGCCUAAUGCGGAAAAUGAAUUGCUGUUAGCAAGGGAAAUUUAUGAGCAAGCUGUUGUUCUUAGUGUGAAGAUUGAGGAUCAAGAUGCCUUUGAGAGGGAUUUCUUCCAGUUGAAGCCCUAUUAUACAGAUGCGGGCAGUAGCCGUCUUCCAGCAUCCCCUCAAGAGUACCCGAUUUUAGGUCUUAAUCUCUUGAGACUUCUUGUCCAGAACAGAAUUGCUGAGUUUCAUACUGAACUGGAACUGCUUUCAGCCAGUGCUCUGGAGAAUCCUUGCAUCAAGCAUGCUGUGGAGCUGGAGCAAUCGUUUAUGGAAGGGGCUUACAAUCGUGUGUUGAGUGCUAGACAGACUGCUCCUCAUGAAACUUAUGUUUAUUUCAUGGAUCUCUUGGCAAAAACAGUGAGAGAUGAAAUAGCCGGAUGCAGUGAGAAGGCAUAUGACUAUCUUUCAAUUAAUGAUGCUCGACAGAUGUUACUGUUCUCAUCCGAUCAAGAACUUUUGGAAUACAUCCAAGAGGAGCAUCCUGAGUGGGAGGUGAAGAAUGGAUUUGUCUUUUUCCAGAAGGCAAAAGAAUCUGCACCAAGUAAGGAGAUUCCAUCACUACAACUGAUCAACCAAACUCUUAGUUAUGCAAGGGAGUUGGAGCGGAUUGUCUAGGGAAGUUGCUUCCAAUGGUUGCUUUUGCUUCUUCUUGAGACACUCAUGUCACUUGACAUCGAUUCUGUUGUUGAUUUUACUUUCUACAUUCAGUAUGAAACUGAAAAAGUUUUUCAUAUUUCAAAUUAUAUACUUUAGUGGCUCCAAAUUGCUAUGAUCAUGUCACUUUUUUUUUAUAAUUUCCAGUAGGAAAUUUUU